AUGUAUUCCCGCCCAGCAUUAUCAGCGCUCUCCGCCCUCCGACCGCGCCUCAACCCACUCCUCUCCCCCCGCUUCGCCUCCCUUCAAAAAUCCUUCCUCUCCACCGAAACCCGACAAGCAAUCGACAAAGCCGUCGCUUCCGCGCCCGUCGUCCUCUUCAUGAAAGGAACCCCCGAGACACCUCAGUGUGGGUUCAGUCGCGCGAGUAUUCAGUUGCUGGGACUGCAGGGCGUGGAUCCGGCGAAGUUUACGGCGUUUAAUGUGCUGGAGGAUGAGGAGUUGAGGGCUGGAAUCAAGGAGUAUUCGGAGUGGCCCACGAUUCCGCAGUUGUAUGUGGAAAAGGAGUUUGUGGGUGGGACGGAUAUUAUGAUGUCGAUGCAUCAGGAUGGAUCGUUGGCGUCGUUGUUGGAGGAGAAGGGGGUUUUGGCGGCGGUGGAAGGGGAGGGAGGCAGCAGUUCUUGAGGAGGAGAUGCGGAGGGAUGUAUCAGUACGGGGAAUGGAAGAGCAACGUCGAGAUGGAAUGGAAGGCGAGGAGCAGGCUUGCACCACGUCUCCUGCUUCGGAGUGAUAAGUGGGAU